AACCAUUGCAGUUGGGAGAGGGAGGUGAAAUUCUUGAUUAAACCAUUAACAAGGGAGAGAGUUCCAUAUAGAUAAUUUUACAGAGCAUUUAAACUUGAACAAAAAUACAUAAAGUGGCAUUUCAGAGCAAUCGGGUGAUUUCCCCUCUGGGUGCUCCCCCGCAGAUGCUCAUGGUGCUGAUUCCUCGGCGCUGCGGACGGGAACUGACGAGGGUCAACUUCAAUCAUGCAGGUUGUAAGAAACGCGGGAUCGUGGCUCCUGCGGUCUUGGGCUGGACAUGGGAUGACCAGGCUUGUGGUGGUUGCCCCAGCUCAGACUAUCCACACCGGAGCCCCGAGGUUAGAAGACGCAGCUGCCAAACAGAAAGCUGAAAAGGAAGCGGUUCCGAGCCGCUUCAGCAUUUACCCUCCCGCUCCAGGACAGGAAAGCCCUCUGCGGUGGGCAGGGAUGAGGUUUGAGGAGGUCCCGGUCGCACACAUUAAAGCAACCCACAACAACACCCAGAUCCAGGUAGUGUCUGCCACUAACGUGUCCCUGGCCCGUGCCUCCUGCGGCACAGAAGGCUUUCGCAAUGCCAAGAAGGGUACCGGCAUCGCAGCACAGACAGCAGGCAUAGCAGCGGCCGCCAAAGCCACAGGAAAGGGAGUGACCCACAUCAGAGUUAUAGUGAAAGGCAUGGGGCCAGGACGCUGGUCUGCCAUCAAAGGACUGACCAUGGGGGGUCUGGAAGUGGUCUCAGUCACAGACAACACCCCUGUCCCACACAACGGUUGUCGGCCCCGGAAGGCUCGAAGGCUGUGACAGGAAGGAAGCGUGCACUUGAACCCGACCUAAGGUCUCGACUCCAGGUGGACCCUGCAGGAAGGCCACUGUGGGAGCUGCGGGGCCAGCAGCGCUCAAGCCCUCGGGAGAACAUCACUUCCACUUGCAGCUGGAGCAGGAAGUGCCCUCGGGGCUCGCCUCUCCUGGACGUGGGGGAGUGGGAACUGCAGCACAGCUGCGGCUGUGCUCUCAGAAUAAAAGGCCGUUCUACGUA